AUGACUACCGGGGAGGAGGGUCCCGCCGUGGCCUCGUGCCCAUCCGAGGAGGACCACAGGGCCGUCCCGCCAGAGGCGGGGCCAGCACAGGAAGAGGCGGAGCCUGCAGAGGAAGUGGUCCUCGAGCCGGAGCGGCAUGGGACGGACGAAGACGAGGAGGAGGAGGAGGAGGAGGAGCAGCGGAUGGAGGCGGGAGGAGGCAGGAGGGACGAGGAAGACGAGGACGACGACGAGGCCAGCAGCGACAUGAGCGGGUUCGUGGUGCCGUACCCGGAGCUGACUCCCGUGGUCUUCUUCUGCCUCAAGCAGACCACGUUCCCCCGCAGCUGGUGCAUCCGCAUGGUCUGCAGCCCGUGGUUCGAGCGAGUGAGCAUGAUGGUGAUCCUGCUGAACUGCGUGACCCUGGGCAUGUACCAGCCCUGUGAGAACAUCGACUGCUCCUCCGACCGCUGCCAGAUACUACAGGCGUUCGAUGCCUUCAUCUACAUCUUCUUCGCCGUGGAGAUGGUGGUCAAGAUGGUGGCGCUGGGCAUCUUCGGGCGCCGCUGUUACCUGGGCGACACCUGGAACCGGCUGGACUUCUUCAUCGUCAUGGCGGGGGUGGUUGAGUACUCUUUGGACCUGCAAAACAUCAAUCUCACAGCAAUCAGAACCGUGCGAGUGCUGAGACCCCUCAAAGCCAUCAACCGGGUGCCAAGCAUGCGUAUCCUGGUGAACCUGCUGCUGGACACUCUGCCCAUGCUGGGGAACGUGCUGCUGCUCUGCUUCUUCGUCUUCUUCAUCUUCGGCAUCAUCGGCGUGCAGCUGUGGGCCGGACUGCUGCGCAACCGCUGCUACCCCGAGGAGAACUUCACCCUUAAAACGGGCAUCACCCUGCCCAAGCCCUACUACCACCUGGACGAGGAGGACGAGCGGCCCUUCAUCUGCUCGCUGGCGCAGGACAACGGCAUCAUGUCGUGCCAGGACGUGCCGGCGCGGCGCGAGGGCAACCGCGCCUGCUGCCUGGACAAGGACGACGUGCUGCACCGGCAGGCGCUGGGCCUGGGGCCCGAGCCGCUGGUCAACGGCAGCGCCAGCGGCGACGGCCUGUGCGUCAACUGGAACCAGUACUACACGCGCUGCCGCACCGGACACAGCAACCCGCACAAGGGCGCCAUCAACUUCGACAACAUCGGCUACGCCUGGAUCGUCAUCUUCCAGGUCAUUACACUGGAGGGCUGGGUGGAGAUCAUGUACUACGUGAUGGAUGCUCACUCCUUCUACAACUUCAUCUACUUUAUCCUGCUCAUCAUUAUCGGCUCCUUCUUCAUGAUCAACCUGUGCCUGGUGGUGAUCGCCACGCAGUUCUCGGAGACCAAGCAGCGCGAGCACCAGCUGAUGCAGGAGCAGCGCGCCCAGUGCCUCUCCUCCAGCACGCUGGCCUCCAUGGCCGAGCCGGGCGACUGCUACGAGGAGAUCUUCCAGCUGGUGUGCCACGUGCUGCGCAAGGCCCGCCGACACCUCCACUGUCCGCACUGCUACAAACCCGAGCACAUCACCGCGGACAACCCCACUGACCUGGCCCUCACCCCCAACACCGCCACCGCCGAACCCUGUCCCUAUUGCUCCGUGGCGCUGUCACUCAUCGACGGGGCGGGCCCCGGGGACGGCUCGGCCAAUGGGGACAAGGAGACGGGCUCUGCGGCGGAGACGGACGGGAAGGGCAGCGAACCGGACGGCGAGGGGAAGGGCGAGGGGCGGACGUGCAAGGGCCGCUGCCGGGCGGUGUGGGUGGAGGUGCGCAUCAAGCUGUGGGGCAUCGUGGAGAGCAAGUACUUCAACCGGGGCAUCAUGAUCGCCAUCCUCAUCAACACCAUCAGCAUGGGCAUCGAGCACCACGAGCAGUGUGCCAUUAAAACGGGCAUCACCCUGCCCAAGCCCUACUACCACUUGGACGAGGAGGACGAGCGGCCCUUCAUCUGCUCGCUGGCGCAGGACAACGGCAUCAUGUCGUGCCAGGACGUGCCGGCGCGGCGCGAGGGCAACCGCGCCUGCUGCCUGGACAAGGACGACGUGCUGCACCGCCAGGCGCUGGGCCUGGGGCCCGAGCCGCUGGUCAACGGCAGCGCCAGCGGCGACGGCCUGUGCGUCAACUGGAACCAGUACUACACGCGCUGCCGCACCGGACACAGCAACCCGCACAAGGGCGCCAUCAACUUCGACAACAUCGGCUACGCCUGGAUCGUCAUCUUCCAGAUCGGCUCCUUCUUCAUGAUCAACCUGUGCCUGGUGGUGAUCGCCACGCAGUUCUCGGAGACCAAGCAGCGCGAGCACCAGCUGAUGCAGGAGCAGCGCGCCCAGUGCCUCUCCUCCAGCACGCUGGCCUCCAUGGCCGAGCCGGGCGACUGCUACGAGGAGAUCUUCCAGCUGGUGUGCCACGUGCUGCACCUCCACUGUCCGCACUGCUACAAACCCGAGCACAUCACCGCGGACAACCCCACUGACCUGGCCCUCACCCCCCACACCGCCACCGCCGAACCCUGUCCCUAUUGCUCCGUGGCGCUGUCACUCAUCGACGGGGCGGGCCCCGGGGACGGCUCGGCCAAUGGGGACAAGGAGGCGGGCUCUGCGGCGGAGACGGACGGGAAGGGAAGCGAACCGGACGGCGAGGGGAAGGGCGAGGGGCGGACGUGCAAGGGCCGCUGCCGGGCGGUGUGGGUGGAGGUGCGCAUCAAGCUGUGGGGCAUCGUGGAGAGCAAGUACUUCAACCGGGGCAUCAUGAUCGCCAUCCUCAUCAACACCAUCAGCAUGGGCAUCGAGCACCACGAGCAGCCAGAGGAGCUGACCAACAUCCUGGAGAUCUGCAACAUCGUGUUCACCAGCAUGUUCGCUCUGGAGAUGGUGCUCAAGCUGACCGCCUUCGGCUUCUUCAACUACCUGCGCAACCCCUACAACAUCUUCGACGGCAUCAUCGUCAUCAUCAGCGUGUGCGAGAUCGUCGGGCAGUCGGACGGGGGCCUGUCGGUUCUGCGCACAUUCCGUCUGCUGCGGGUUCUAAAGCUGGUGCGCUUCAUGCCGGCUCUGCGGCGGCAGCUGGUGGUGCUGAUGAAGACCAUGGACAACGUGGCCACCUUCUGCAUGCUCCUCAUGCUCUUCAUCUUCAUCUUCAGUAUUCUGGGGAUGCACAUCUUUGGCUGUAAGUUCAGUUUGAAGACGGAAGCGGGAGACACGGUCCCUGACAGGAAGAACUUUGACUCCUUACUGUGGGCCAUUGUCACAGUCUUUCAGAUCCUGACCCAGGAGGACUGGAACGUGGUGCUGUACAACGGCAUGGCCUCCACCUCCCCGCUGGCCGCGCUCUACUUUGUGGCGCUCAUGACCUUCGGCAACUACAUCCUGUUCAACCUGCUCAUCGCCAUCCUGGUGGAGGGCUUCCAGGCAGAGGGGGAUGCAAACCGUUCCUACUCGGAUGACGACAGGUCCUCCUCUAACUUUGAUGAGAGCGAGAAGCACAAAGACUCCCUCCAGCUGUCUGACCCCAAGAUCUGCACCCUGACCCCCAAUGGGCACCUGGAGAUGGGCCCGCUGUCGGUGGCGGCGCGGGGCGUGUUUGCGGCCGAGAGGAUGAGCUUCGCACUGGGCUCCCGCAAGAGCAGCGUCAUCAGCCUGGGCAAGACCAGCCUGGAACAGCGCUCCCUCUCCCUGCGGCACAGUCGGCGCAGUUCCGUCUACCACCACUGGGGGCGCCCUCCCCCACCGGCGCACCCCCAGUCGCUCCUGACGCGGCGCAGCAGCUGGAACAGCCUGGGUCGGCAGGGCCGCGGGGGCUCGCUCCGCGUGCGCGGCUCCUCGUCCGCCCGCCUCUACUCGUCGGGCAGCGCCGAGCACGAGUCGCUCCUCGCCCCGCAGCACCAGCACCACCCGCCUCACCCGUUGCACCCGCUGCGCCCGCUCUUCCCGCCGGCGCAGCACCACCAGAGCCACCCGGGCCCCCACCCGCCGCCCCCGCUGCUCCUGGCGCGCCGCUACCCGCACCGCCGCGACCGCCGCGCCCUCUCGCUGGAGCUGCCCGAGCUCCUGCAGGUCCCGGCGUACGGCGGCGGCGGUCCCCUCUCCGCGCCCCUCGUCCCCCACGUCCCCCAGACGCAGGCGCAGACGCAGACGCAGAUCCACCCGCUGCUGGCGCUCAAGAAGAGCUCGUCGGGGGAGCGGGCGGCGGGGGGCGAGCACCAGGACUGCAACGGGAAGGCGCCCGCCGGGCCCCAGGCCCCGCUCCUGGGGGAGGUGUUCCCGCAGCUCAACAGCCGCAAGGACAAGGGCGAGCUGGAGGAGGAGUCCGACUACACGCUGUGUUUCCGCAUCCAGAAGAUGAUCGAGGUGUACCGGCCUGACUGGUGUGAAACGCGCGAGGACUGGUCUGUCUACCUCUUCUCCCCACAGAACAAGUUCCGACUGCUCUGUCAGUCCAUCAUCGCUCACAAGCUCUUUGACUACGUGGUGCUGGCCUUCAUCUUCCUCAACUGCAUAACUGUGGCCCUGGAGAGGCCCAAGAUCCAUCAGGGCAGCCUGGAAAGGGUCUUCCUCACUGUCUCCAACUACAUCUUCACUGCCAUCUUUGUGGCUGAGAUGACAGUCAAGGUGGUGUCCAAGGGGCUCUACCUCGGCGAGCGGGCCUACCUUCGCAGCAGCUGGAACAUCCUGGACGGUUUCCUGGUCUUCGUGUCGCUCGUGGACAUUGUUGUGUCCAUGGCGGGCGGCGCCAAGAUCCUAGGCGUCCUGCGUGUGCUCCGGCUGCUCAGGACAUUGCGCCCCCUCAGGGUGAUCAGUCGAGCUCCAGGACUUAAGUUGGUGGUGGAGACCCUCAUCACCUCGCUCAAGCCCAUCGGCAACAUCGUGCUCAUCUGCUGUGCCUUCUUCAUCAUCUUCGGCAUCCUCGGAGUCCAGCUUUUUAAGGGAAAGUUCUACUACUGUGUGGGGCUGGACGUGAAGAACAUCACCAAUAAAUCCGACUGCCUGUCUGCCAAUUACAGAUGGGUUCACCACAAGUACAAUUUUGAUAAUCUUGGACAGGCUUUGAUGUCCCUGUUUGUGCUGGCCUCCAAGGAUGGCUGGGUGAACAUCAUGUAUCACGGCCUGGAUGCUGUUGGUAUAGAUCAGCAGCCCAUCAUGAACUACAGCCCGUGGAUGCUGCUGUACUUCAUCUCGUUCCUGCUGAUCGUCAGCUUCUUCGUGCUCAACAUGUUCGUGGGCGUGGUGGUGGAGAACUUCCACAAGUGCCGUCAGCACCAGGAGGUGGAGGAGGCCAAGAGGAGGGAGGAGAAGAGGCAGCGCCGCAUGGAGAGGAAGAGACGGAAGGCUCAGAAGCUGCCCUACUACGCCAGCUACGGUCACAUCCGCCUGAUGAUCCACACCUUCUGCACCAGCCACCACCUGGACCUCUUCAUCACGCUCAUCAUCUGCGUCAACGUGGUCACCAUGUCCCUGGAGCACUACAGCCAGCCCCAGUCCCUCGAGACGACCCUGAAGUACUGCAAUUACUUCUUCAGCACCACCUUCGUGAUCGAGGCGGUGCUCAAGCUGGUGGCCUUCGGGUUCCGGCGUUUCUUCAAGGACAGGUGGAACCAGCUGGAUCUGGCCAUCGUGCUGCUGUCUGUGAUGGGCAUCACGCUGGAGGAGAUCGAGAUCAACGCCUCGCUGCCCAUCAACCCCACCAUCAUCCGCAUCAUGAGGGUGCUGCGCAUCGCCCGAGUGCUGAAGCUGUUGAAAAUGGCCACGGGAAUGCGAGCUCUUCUAGACACUGUGGUCCAGGCCUUGCCACAGGUGGGGAACCUUGGCCUACUCUUCAUGCUGCUCUUCUUCAUCUACGCUGCUCUGGGCGUCGAGCUGUUUGGAGAGCUGGUGUGCAACGAGGAGUACCAGUGCGAGGGCAUGAGCCGCCACGCCACCUUCGAGAACUUCGGCAUGGCCUUCCUCACGCUCUUCCAGGUCUCCACCGGCGACAACUGGAACGGCAUCAUGAAGGACACGCUGCGCGAGUGCCCCCCGGGGGAGUACAACUGCAACCCCAGCCUGCAGUUCAUCUCGCCCAUGUACUUUGUGAGCUUCGUGCUGACGGCGCAGUUCGUGCUCAUCAACGUGGUGGUGGCCGUGCUCAUGAAGCACCUGGACGACUCCAACAAGGAGGCCAUGGAGGACGCCGAGAUGGACGCCGAGAUCGAGCUGGAGCUCGCGCAGGGCGCCCUCUGCUGCAUGGGAGGCCUCGGCGCGGCCGCCGGCGGCGCGGCCAUCGCCGCGGCAGCAGCCGGAGGACUAGGGGCGAGUUUAGGACCCGGGGGAGACCGUAUAGGAGGAGGAGGAGGAGGAGGAGGAGAGGGCGGCCGCCGCCGACUGUACUCGCCAGCACAGGAGAACCAGUGGCUGGACAGUGUGUCCCUGCUCAUCAAGGACUCCCUGGAGGGAGAGAUGCUGAUGAUUGACAACCUGUCAGGCUCCGUGUUCCACCACUACUCCUCUCCGCCAGUGUGCCGCGACUGCCACCACCACCCGCAAGAGAUCCAGUUGGCGGAAGUGGAGCAGGCGUCUCUGAUGUCAGAGCAGCUGUCUGACAAGUCUUCUUCGCUGGCGCUGCCUGAUGACCUCAGCCUGGAUGACCACAGCGUGUACCAGCUGCUCGUCAGGGACAGCAAGGAGGAGAGGGGGAGCAGUGACUCCCACAGCUCCGAGGAGCUCCGGAGCAUCCAGGCCCGCUGCGGGGGCUCGCAGCCCCACAGUCCCCCGAGGGAGGAGGGGGAGGAGACGGAGCUCGUGGACGUGGGCCCGGGCCCUCAGAGUCCGGCCCAGCGCCUCCUGCUGCAGCAGCAGCAGCACCAGCACACCCCAACGCACGGCCGAGAUGGUGGGCAGCUUGGCAGCCACAUUGGCGGUGCGGGCGCUGGCGGUGGCGGUGGGGUUGGCGGAGGGGACAGCAGCAGAGGUGCCUCUCCUCUGUUCCAUCUCCCCGCCGAGUUCUUCCACCCAGCCUCCGCCGUGGCCCAGGGGAGUCCGGCGGCGGCGGCGGCGGCGAUGGGCGUUCCGGUGGACCGAACAGGCGCCUGGUUGACCUCGCCGGCCUCCUGGGCCUCCCUCAGGUCCCCGGGGGCCAACAGCAGAAUCGGCGGCCCGCAGCACCAGUCCCACAGUGACUCCUCCUUGGCCACGGGCAGCUCCGAGGGCAGCCUGCAGACCACCCUUGAGGAAGGGCUCAGCUUCAGCAUCUCCCCACCACCACCACCACCACCACCACCCCCGCCGUCAUCGUCCUCCUCCUCAUCGUCACGGGGCCGGGACCUGGCCUUGGCUCAGCCUCUACUCUGCCGCAUCCCCCCGCCGCCCGCCACCCCUUCCCCCCGCCGGCAGCGGUGCGGCGCCAAGCCGUCUGGCGCCGUCCCCCUCCAGGCCACCAGGGGCCACCAGCGGAGCCAGAGCAGCUGUGGGGGCGGCAGCAGUAGCCCCGGCUGCCCGCGGCAGGACUCCCCGGACCCCUCGGACAACGACGCGGACUGCGGCUCCGGCCAGGCGGGCGCCAACAGCGAACACUUGUCGGAGGCGCUCAGCAGCCUGUCGCUCUCGUCGCUGCUCUGCGCUGGCUCGCAGGGGCCCCCGCUGGCCAAGAAGUGCAACAGCACGGGGAGCCUGGAACAGGGCGGGAGCGCCGCGUCGGCCCGGGGGGGCAAAGACUCCAGGCAGCUGUACGGCAUGGACGCCCAGGGGUACCUGUCUGCCCCAUGGACGGGACAGGUGGAGGAGAGGGGCACGGUACCGUCUCAGCGAAUGGCCACCAUGCUGCUGCUGUUGCUGCUGCUGUUGCUACUGCUGCUGCUCACAGACUUGGGAAAUGUUGCAGGGGCUCACGGGAGACCGAAUGGAGAACGCCAGAACUACUAG